CGCCAGAGCCAGCCAGCCUAUCGCGCACAAUCUGCGGAAAAAUUACUGGGAGUGGAAAUCCACCCAAAGAAAGAACACCAAAGACCGAUCCGACGACGACGACCGCAUCUACAAAGACACUAAUCCACCCACCUACCUCCCAAGUCGUGCAACCCCCCCCCGCGAUAUUUCUCGACGACGAAUCCACUCAGUGUCUUCUAACGACCAUAACACUUCCAUACCGCCGUCCACGCCUCGUCAUAUUUAAUAACCCACAAUCAAGAUGAGGCCCAUUCUUCUUUCGGGCCACGAACGUGCCCUCACCCAGAUCAAGUACAACCGCGACGGUGAUUUGCUCUUCUCAGUUUCCAAGGACCAGCAGAUUUGCGUUUGGUUCGCGCACAACGGCGAGCGUCUCGGUACAUACCACGGCCACCAGGGCGCCAUCUGGACCAUUGAUGUCGACCCCACAUCCACCAUCCUCGCCUCUGGUUCUGCCGACAACACCAUCCGCCUUUGGGAGAUCAAGACCGGCAGACUUCUUAAGACAUGGGACUUCCCUACCGCCGUCAAGCGCGUUGAGUUCAGUGAGGAUGGCAGCAAGCUUCUGGGUGUGACGGAGAAGCGCAUGGGUCAUCUGGGUACCAUCGUUGUCCUCGACAUCAAGCUCGAUGUUGACGCCGAGCAGAGCGAUGAGAAGGCCAUGACUAUCGUUUGCGAGGACAGCAAGGCCACUGUUGCUGGCUGGAGUUAUCUCAGCAAGUACAUCAUUGCCGGCCACGAAGACGGCUCCGUCUCCCAGUUCGACGGCAAGAACGGCGACCUCCUCUACAACAUCCCCAUCCACGAGCUCAACCAGCCCAUCACCGAUCUCCAGUGGUCGCACGACCGUACAUACUUCAUUACCGCCUCCAAGGACAAGACCUCCAAGCUCAUCACAGCUAAGGACCUGGAGGUCCUCAAGACCUACCCCGCCGACACCCCUCUUAACAGCGCUACCAUCACUCGCAAGAAGGACUUCGUCAUUCUCGGUGGUGGUCAGGCUGCCAUGGAUGUCACCACCACCUCCGCGCGUCAGGGUAAAUUCGAGGCGCGUUUCUACCACAAGAUCUUCGAGAGCGAAAUUGGUCGUGUGCGCGGUCACUUCGGUCCCCUCAACACGGUUGCCGCCGACCCGACCGGCAAGAGCUACGCCAGCGGUGGUGAGGACGGUUACGUCCGUAUCCAUCACUUCGACAAGGGUUACUUUGACUUUAUGUACGAGGUCGAGAGGGAGAGGCAAAACAAGCUCAACCAGCAACAACAGCAGACCAUUUCUGCCUAAACGGAUCCCUUCUAUCGACAUCGAUCGAAACUUUCGGACUUUCAGCAAGCAGGAUCCGAGGAGGGGCGGCAGAAAGGGGCGGAAAGGCGAUUCGCGGGACGAAAUAUGGGUGUCGUGUUAUUGAGUUCAGGAUUCUCUCGACUUGUCGGAGGAAGGAAAUGAGCAAACGGGUUAUUUUACAUCGCGCGUCCAGGGAUCCAACAAUUUGGGGGAAAUGGGCAUUUCACAAACGGCGUUUUUUUCAGGCAACCUAAUCUGAGAAUUUGGGCGAUUCCACCCAAUAUUUGGUGAAAAAAAAAGUGAAAAGGAGCAAAAAUUGGAGCGAUGAGGUGGUGCGGUUCGAUGUGAAGCAAACGAACGAACAAGUGAGUCGCGCGGAGAGCGGAUAUGUAAUUUCCAUCUUGUCACGAAAGGAACCUUUGGUCCCUAUCGAAGCACAGAAGAGUCAUUUGUCAUAGUUGAAUUCGGUCGUUCUUCUGCUUA